AUGGGCCUGUCCUACAACACCUAUCUCAAUAGCACCAAGAUAUACGGCUGCAAAGCCUGCAAAGCGCAUCUAGCCAACCAUGAGGAUAUCAUAAGCAGGAACUUCCGCGGCCAACACGGCAAGGCAUACCUCUUCCACAGCGUCGUCAACAUCGAAACCGGCGAGCCAAGCGAGCGAAACAUGACAACGGGAAGACACAUUGUUUGCGACAUCACUUGCCGGCAAUGCAAGGAGACUGUGGGCUGGAAAUACGACAAGGCAUACGAAAACUCACAAAAGUAUAAGGAGGGUAAAUUCAUCCUCGAAGCCGAGUUGCUGUGCAACGUUGCAUGA